CCAAACAUAGCGAAAUCCGACCUAUCCACCGGAAACGCUGUUCAUGCUUCCUACCUCCUCCACUCCGGCAACCUCAAUUUCCUCUUCUCCGCUCCUUACUCCGCCUCAAUCUCCGGCGACAAUGCCUCCGCUGCCAUUCCCUCCUUCUCUGCUUCCGAUUGUCACUCCUUCGCAGCUAAACACGGCCUCGCCGUCCGCGCCGUCGCCAUCGAGGUGGAAGACGCCUCCGCUGUCUUCUCCGCCAGCGUCCCCAACGGCGCGAAACCUGUAUCUCUGGCAGUUCUCGACAACAGCAUCGGAUUCCUCAAGGAUCAUCUCUACGGCGACAUCGUUCUCCGCUACAUCAGCUACUCCGACCCGACCCGAGAAUCUGACCGGAAUCCUGGCUUACGGUUCCUCCCUGGAUUCGAAACCGUGGAGGCUGAUUCGUCGUUCCCGGAGCUAGAUUACUGUAUCCGGAGACUUGACCACGCCGUCAGGAACGUGCCGGAGCUGGCGCCGGCAGUGAAUUACUUGAAGAAAUUCACCGGAUUCUACAAGUUCGCUGAGUUUACGGCGGAGGACGUUGGAACGAGUGAGUCAGGGCUGAACUCGGUGGUUCUUGCGAGCAACGAUGAGAUGGUUCUUCUUCCGUUGAACGAACCAGUGUACAGAACAAAGAGGAAGAGCCAGAUUGAGACAUACCUGGAGCACAACGAAGGUGCAGGGUUACAGCACUGCUUGGUCUCCGAAGACAUAUUCAGAACUCUGAGGGAGAUGAGGAAGAGAAGCAUCAUCGGUGGUUUUCAGUUCAUGCCGUCUCUGCCGCCAACGUAUUACCGGAACUUGAAGAAGCGUGCCGGUGAUGUGCUGAGUGAUGAGCAGAUUAAGGAGUGUGAGGAGCUUGGGAUUCUUGUUGAUAGGGAUGAUCAGGGCACUCUGCUUCAGAUUUUCACCAAACCUGUUGGUGAUAGGUCAAGCAUUUUUAUAGAGAUAAUUCAGAGAACUGGAUGCAUGCUCAAGGAUGAAGAAGGCAAGGUGUACCAAAAAGGUGGAUGUGGGGGUUUUGGAAAAAGCAACUUCUCUGAGCGUUUUAAAUCCAUUGAAGAAUAUGAGAAGACUUUGGAAAGUAGAAGAAUUGCAUAAUGGGAUUCUGUCCCUUGCAAUUUGCCUGAAAAAUGAGAACUACCAGUGACUAAAUAAGCUAUGUUAUUUAGAUUCAAUAAUCAAAAGCUCAUAGAUAAAGCAAAACAAUUACACACAGUCACUUAGGCAAUGCUCUUUUCUUCUUGUAUUAUUUACCAUAUAGUUGUGCAUGAAUGAUACAAAUAAUCUUUGGUACUUAACUGGUCAAAGUAUAUUCUCUUCAGGA